CCUCCGAUCUCCGACCUGGAGUACGGAAUUCUAACAAUUUACUUGCCUUGCUGCUCCUCCGAUAAAUUAUAAACCGUUGGCACUUUUGUGUUUCUCGUCUCAUUUCCCUGAAACCUACUCCCUGCGAGGAUAUAACUUUGCGGUUCUCAGCCUGCCGUCAACGGUCCCGCAACGACUCAUUAGAGAAGACCUUUGGGCGGCCUUGCAGAUGUCCACCGAGAAACCAAAAGGGCCCUGUAGUGGCAAUGACUGCGAUAAAGAAGCCGAGGACCUUCAGUGUCCGAAAUGCCAGAGCCUAGGAAUCGAAAGCUAUUUCUGCACCCAGGAAUGUUUCAAAAGAAACUGGGGCACACACAAGGCGGUCCAUAAGAGCAAAAGCUUCUACAACCCCUUCCCGACCUUCCCGUUUACCGGCAGUCUGCGACCGGUCUAUCCACUGUCGGCCACCAGGCAGUUGCCAGACAGCAUACGGAGACCGGAUUAUGCCAAAGAUGGCAUUCCGCGAUCGGAACAGAGCCCCGUCACGCGAAACAAGCUGAAGAUCCUGAGCAAGGAGGAGCAGGAGGGCAUGCGAAAGGUUUGCCGGUUGGCAAGAGAGGUCCUGGAUAUCGCAGCCGCCGCCGCCAAACCAGGGGUGACUACCGAUUACAUAGAUGAGAUCGUUCACAAGGCAUGCAUUGAGAGAAAUUCCUAUCCAUCUCCCCUGAACUACUGCCAUUUCCCGAAAUCCGUCUGCACCUCCCCCAAUGAGAUCAUCUGCCACGGCAUCCCCGACAACCGCGUCCUCGUUGAUGGUGACAUCCUCAACAUCGACGUCACCCUCUACCAUGGCGGCUUCCACGGCGACCUCAACGAAACUUAUUACAUCGGCUCCCGCGCCCGCGCCGACCCGGACUCUGUGCGCGUCGUCGAAACCGCGCGCGAAUGCCUCGACAAAUCUAUCGAGCUCGUCAAGCCCGGGAUGCUGUUCCGCGACCCCGGCAACGUGAUCGAGAAGCACGCGAAGAGCCGGAACUGUGGCGUCAUCCGCACGUACUGCGGACACGGGAUCAAUCAGUUGUUCCACUGCGCACCAAACGUGCCGCAUUAUGCGAAGAGCAAGGCGGUGGGGACGGCGAAGCCGGGGAUGUGUUUUACGAUUGAGCCGAUGAUUAGCUUGGGGUCGUAUCGGGAUAAGACGUGGCCGGAUGAUUGGACUAGUGCGACGGUGGAUGGAUCGCGGACGGCGCAGUUCGAACAUACUCUCCUUGUGACGGAGACCGGAGUGGAAAUCUUGACGGCGAGGUUUCCCAAUUCCCCGGGUGGGUCGGUACCGAUGCCAGAGGCCAAGAUGGAGGAGAAAGGGGAGGGGAAAGAUUGAGGAUUGGUGAUGAG